AUGUCAUUCAAGGUGUUCACUCCUCAGCAGUUUCACUCAAUACCCAGUUUGAAAUUUAAGGUUCUUGCAUUCGAUACUGAAGAUUCUUCGGAAGGUCGACGGGAACGCACUAGAAUUAGAAGGAAAAGGUUGGCGAUAGCGUUAUCGCCGUACAGAAGUCCAAGGAAAAAGGCGCGUUCUGACCCAGAGAUGACAUGCACGGUCGAGGAGGUUGAUGAUUCAACACCAUCGCUUGGACAAGAGGCGCCGAAGAUUGAGGCAGUACCAGAUCAAGGAAUUUUUGAAGAGCAGCAACUAGCACCACCUAUACCUCCCCUCGACUGGACCCCAUUCGACACAGAAUCUCCGUUUGAACGCUGCUCGCUGCUCACUCUAGUGCUCGUGCACUUUGGCUUCUACCUGUUUCUGAUUCUCAGUCGCCUCAACCGACUGCUUUUUCCGCACAAGGUCACCAAAGAGAGGAACAGAGAGGGCUACGCGCCGCUGUACAGCCCAUUCGACGAAUUCUUCUCUCACUACGUGUACCGUCGCGGCCGCAUCUGCUACAACCGGCCCGUGUGCUCCGCGCCGCACACCGACAUCACGCUCAAGGAGCGCACUAGUGACGACUACAACUGGACUUUCAGAUUUACCGGUCGCGAGCUGAAGUGCGUGAACCUGGCCUCGUACAACUACUUGGGCUACCGCGGGGGGCACGCCGAGGUUGAAUCCGCCACGCGGCGCUACGGGCUCGCGUUGAGCUCCCCACGUGCUGAGCUGGGCUCGUGCCCGCUGCAUGCCCAGCUUGAGAACGAGCUCGCAGACUUCCUUGGUGUUGAGGCAGCAAUGGUGAUAGGCAAUGGAUUCUCAGCUAACUCGCUGACAUUGCCGGGGCUCCUGGGCCCCGGCGCGCUGGUGCUGAGCGACGCGAAGAAUCACGCCAGCCUGCGACUGGGCUUGCGUCUAGGACGUGUUGCCGUCCGUGUGUUCAGACAUAACGAUAUGAGGCAUCUUGAGCAGCUGGCGAGGCAGGCUCGCGCUGAGGGGCGCUGGGAGAAGAUUGUUGUGGUGAUAGAGGGCGUAUACAGCAUGGAGGGUACUGUUGGACUACUACCAGCUGCCAUAGCGUUGAAGAAGCAGUUAGGCCUCCAUAUAUAUAUCGACGAGGCCCACAGUAUCGGGCUGGGGCCGCGAGGCCGAGGGGUCACGGAUAUGUACGGCGUGAAUCCGAGAGACGUCGAUGUUCUGAUGGGCACUUUUACUAAGAGUUUUGUCGGCAUGGGCGGGUAUAUUGCAGGUUCCAAAGCGCUAGUAAGCAGAGCGCGUGCGCACGGGCAUGCGCACACAUACGCGCAGAGCAUGCCGCCGCCUGUUGCCGCGCAAGUGAUCAGCGCGUUGCACGACUUGCGCGCGCCGUCCGGCCAAGCGCGAGCGGCCGCGCUGAGGGACAACACGCGCUACUUCCGUGAACGGCUCGGUGCGAUGGGGGUGGUGAUAUACGGGCACCCACAGUCCCCAGUAGUGCCUAUGAUGGUCUACUCGCUUUCCAAGAUGGUGGCGUGCGUGAAGCAGCUCACGACGGCCGAAGUGGCGUCCGUCGGCGUGUGCUUCCCCGCCACGCCACUGUACCAAGCGAGGAUGAGGUUCUGUAUAUCGGCUGCCCACACUCGCGAACAACUCGACAAAGCCCUAGCUGCCAUAGAAGCUGUAGCAGAUGAACUGGGCCUCCGAUACUCACGUCUGAAACCUACCAGCACAACCACUAGUCUUUACAAGGUUCUGACCAUCUGUUUUGAAAAAACUCGGAAAAUCAUUGACCUACUUUAA